AUGGAACUUUUACUCCCACAUCCUUCAAACUCAUCUCCUCUCACUGUUCUCGGCUUCUUAGAACGAGCCGCCUCCAUCUACGGCGACUCUCCUUCCCUCCUCCACGCAACCACCGAGCAUACUUGGUCUGAAACCCAAUCUCGAUGUCUCCGUAUCGCUUCCACUCUCUCAUCCUCCUCCCUCGGAAUCAACCCUGGCCAAGUCGUCUCCGUUAUUGGCCCCAACGUCCCUUCCGUCUACGAGCUUCAGUUCGCAGUUCCAAUGUCCGGCGCAGUCCUCAACAACAUCAACCCUCGUUUAGACGCACAUGCACUAUCCGUCCUUCUACGUCACAGCGAAUCCAAGCUCGUUUUCGUCGACCAUCACUCAACCUCUCUAGCCCUCGAAGCUGUUUCCUUCUUGCACAAGAAUGAAAAACCUAAACUCGUCCUCCUCCACGACGACACGUCACCGUCUCUGACCCCUGACGUGGAGGGUUUUCUUGACACGUACGAAGGGGUUAUGGAGAGAGGAGAUCCAAGAUUCAAAUGGAUCCGUCCUAAAACCGAGUGGCUCCCAAUGGUGCUUAACUACACCUCAGGAACGACGUCGUCUCCUAAAGGAGUCGUCCUUAGCCACAGGGCAGUUUUCAUGAGCGCGGUUAACUCUUUGCUCGACUGGUCCAUGCCAAACCGUCCGGUAUACCUAUGGAGCUUACCGAUGUUCCACGCCAACGGUUGGGGCUACACGUGGGCCACAGCAGCUGUGGGAGCCACAAACGUCUGCGUCAGAAGAGUCGACGCAGAGACUGUUUUUGACUUGAUAGACAAGCAUCAAGUGACUCACAUGUGUGCUGCGCCGAUGGUUCUCAACAUGUUGACUAAUUAUCCAAACCGUAAACGGCUUAAGAUCCCGGUUCGGGUCAUGACAGCCGGAGCUCCACCGCCCGCUACGGUUAUCUCCAAGGCUGAGGAGCUCGGUUUUGACGUGGGACACGGUUAUGGGAUGACGGAAACCGGUGGUUUGGUCGUCUCGUGUGCGUGGAAGCCUGAGUGGGACCAUCUUGAACCAAACGAGAGAGCGAAAAUGAAGUCAAGGCAAGGGGUAAGGACCGCGGUGUUCGCUGAAGCGGACGUGAGAGACCCAAGAACCGGAGAGAGCGUGAAGCACGACGGAGUAACCGUGGGAGAGAUAGUUUUCCGAGGCGGCUCGGUGAUGCUUGGCUAUUACAAAGACUAUGAAGGAAGUGCGGCGAGCAUGAGAGAAGACGGAUGGUUCUACACUGGAGACAUUGGUGUGAUGCAUCCAGAUGGUUACUUGGAAGUCAAGGAUAGGUCAAAGGAUGUGAUUAUAUGCGGAGGAGAGAAUAUAAGCAGCACGGAGGUAGAGACGGUUUUGUACACGAACCCGAUGGUUAAGGAAGCAGCUGUGGUGGCUAAGCCGGAUAAGAUGUGGGGAGAGACUCUAUGUGCGUUUGUGAGCUUGAAGUAUGAUGAAGAUCGGUCUGGACCAGUGACGGAGAGAGAGAUAAGGGAGUUUUGUAAGAGGAAGCUGCCUAAGUAUAUGGUUCCGAGGAAUGUUGUUUUUCAGGAGGAGCUUCCAAAGACUUCUACUGGAAAGAUUCAGAAGUUUGUGCUAAGACAAAUGGCCAAGUCUUUGCCUUGA